ACGCUAUCCCUAGGCUCGGAAUCAGCGUGGAACCAGGGUGAUAGUCGGCAUCGCCCCGCCUUCCUCGCUGCGCAAGUAACAUCUCCUGCAGUGCCAGCUUUGCCGCCGCCGCGACCGCCAUCUCCUCCGCGAGCACGAAGUCCUUCACCCUGGAGUUCUCCCCCUCCCAGUCCUGAUGAUUAUGGGAGCACGCCUGGCGGAGGUCCUUAUGCCGGUCUGUAGCACGCCGGGCGUAGGAGGAUGUUAGGUAUCGUUGCAUGUGUACGCACAGCCGCGAAUUAGUAUGUACUUACAAAUACGAGAUUCACGUCGGUGAGAGAGAUACUGAAGCAUUUUGGUUUCGCCUCGUCCAGUAUGUUCUCCACAAACACAUCCAUGUCAUUUGCUUGCUGGAAGGAGGCCGGUUGUAUGAUUUCUUUUCCUAGUACUAAAACGGCGCACCUUGUUCAUAGUUCACGGACAUCACAACUCGAGUUUCUCUUUGAAAAUAUCUCCUGGAAAAUUUUAUCAUCUUUUUUUCUUGAAUAGCUUCUUGUAGUGUAGUCAGCCGGAGCAUCCGAGGAAAAAAAUAUACAAAGAAGCAGGCGUGAGGCUUCAGGGGAAAUGAACGAACUGUGGACGAUUCGCCUUAUAUAUAGUUACCUUACCGGCUUGCGUACACAGGUAUUUAAUUAUGUUUCGAUUUUCUCACCAGAUUUCCACGCGCCCUUGAAUAUCCGACGGAGCACAUCUUCUUUUUCUGUUUCUUCGGAGCAUAUCUUCUGUUUUCUUCGCUUCAGAGUUGGGGACAUCAUGAUCAGCAUGGAUAAUCUGACUUUUACAUUACGCACACGCAUCCAUACACGCUUACCAGUUGUGCUUGAAUGCUUGCUCUUCAAUUGCAACUGCCAUGUAGCAGCUGUUGUUUGUUGUGACAUAAUUUUUGGGUAUAUGAAAAGACAAAAAGCUCAAAGCUCAUUUAAUUUUAUGGAAUCAUUUUCAGAGUACUCCGAAGACGGUUUGAAAGAUUUAUCACCUUCCCCGCUUUAUGUUGAUUUUUUUAAAAGUAUUUUGUCCGGUUUUUCAUGUUACCGUGAGGGUCGCCGCGAAAUUAAGCAUAAAUUUCGAUUGCCGACGCGCUGCUCGCUUUUACAUUUUUCGAGGACUGGAGUCACACGAAACCUGGUGUUGGUCAGAUUGAUCGUAAAUGCAAAGGUGGAUAAUCAUUUAUUUUUAUUCUCGGAGCUAGAUAGGCUUAAGUACUCAAUAGCUCUAGAUUUCAUUUUAUACGCAUUUUGGUCGUAAGUCGUAGCAGCAGCAGGGAUUCUCAACUAAGAAUUUGGUUGCGAGGCAAUCAAAAUUUUUUGAAUAGCUCUGUCUAGGCUCAGGCGCACAUCAUUUUUGUGGAUCAUCUUGUUUCGUUGGCAUGUGCGGAAUGAGCACUUUGAUAUUGG